GCUUCGAAACACUGCAAAGGUACACAUCUGAAACGGAAUAGUAACUGAAAAGAAGAAGCGAGUCAAAUAUUUACUUGUAGAAAGUGUGAAGAACGCGAGUUUCAUUCAAUGGUAGAUAUACAAGCAAGCAGUAAAGUUUAGAAAGCAGAUACAACAAAAUUGUUUCAAGAAGAAUUCUAUCUAUGCGAAUAAGUUACGUUCUAGUACUUAUUUUUUAGAAAAGCAGAAAGAACUCUGUAAUUUUAACAAGAAAAAAAUUGCCAUCUUAAGAAAAAGAAACAUAAAUUUUUUUUAAAACAAGCUGAAACGGACCAACGCCAUUUAAGUGAUAAUUUAACAAUAUAGAGUUAAAAUAGAAAGCAGAAUCAAGUGCUGUGAUUUCAAACUACAAAAAGUUAAUUUAAUAAAUUUUUUAAAUAACGGCAUUGGAAGGUAUACACUAAUCUUUCAAUGCAGCAGCAAGCAAUUCAACAACUUAACACAAAACGGAAAUUCAGCAAAUUGUGAUAUAGCAAAGGCAGAGCGAAGUUAAAGCGGAGAAAAUAACUUUUUGAGAAAAAAGCGAGAAUUUUGAAAAUUCAAGAACUGAACGAAAUCGUUCAAAAAAGUGAUAUAUACAACAACCAGUGUGAUUUCGACUGAAAGUUUCCUCCUCAAAAGCAACAACAGUCGCCAGUCGAAAUAUUGGAAGAAGAAGCCUGCGUGUGAAGUGUAAAGCAGCGCUACCACCGAAAGCAAUUUUGUAUAAAAUAUAAUUCUGCAAAGCAAAUCAGUUUUUUAAAUAUAUUUUAAAUGAAAAUGGAAGUACUUGCGGUGCAACAACAAUAUCAGUCUAAAUACAAUAUAUACGGGUCCAGUAAAGUAAGAGAUUGGACCAGCACAUUAUCACCACUCUUACCGCUCUCGUCAUGUGUCUGCAUGGACACAGAGCCGGAGAUGGCUGCAGCUCCGCAACCGACCGCCAGCAUACCCAUACCAUAUCUGCAAAAUCAACAAAACUAUCAUAUUAGCAACCAGAAUGAUAAUAAUAAGUAUAACAGAAACAAUAGCAACAACACAGUUAACAAUAAAAAUGUGAAAAACAGUAUUAUGCAUCAUAAUAAUAAGAAAACCAAACGCACAGCGAGCACUGAAGAAUUGCUGGCGGUGCCUGAGGUGAUGAUUGCCCCACCGUCGUCAAAAGAAGUGAAGAAGAUGCCAGCCAGCCGUGCAACAUCGGCACCCACUCCCUUCAUCACCACUCCAAAUACAAACACUGCAACUCCGACUGUGGGCGGCAGCUACCUCACCACCCAGCAUACACCUUCCCAGCAUCCUUCAGCAAAUCUCUUCAACUGUGAUGAUAUCGAUGCAGCAGCAGUGGAUGAUCUUUCAUUGCGCCUGUUGGACGAGUUGCGUGCAGCCAAGCAGCGCCAUCUCUCUUGCACCGAAGUCUCCCUACCCUGUGAUCUCACGCUGCGCAUUGCCGCGGAAAUCAUACGCGUUUCCGAGAAGGAGCCAUGCGGUAUACGCGGCUGUACCAUCUACAUCGAAUUCGAGGAUGAACCAAACAAUUCGCGACGCAUUGCCGAACUCAAAUUGGAUCCCGAAAUGGUAUCCACUUUCGAGAUAUACUUGACUUUGCGCCAGGAUCAUCGCGGCUGGACCUCAUUGCUGCCACAAUUCAUGAAGAGUCUGGCACGCACAAUUACCAUCAGCCCAACAUUCACAAUCACAAAACACAAACUCUACUCUCCCGAUCGCACCAGCUACAGUUUCACCAGCUGCAGCAAUGGUGCGUCCGGAGCGAUCUCAACACCAACAUCGUGAAUCGUAGACAAACAAGACUGGGUGAAGAGACGUGCGAUCUGUGUAAUGGCUCAGUUCAAUGAGUCGUUUGCAACAUCGGCGAUAAUAAUGACUAAAGGUGUGCGAAGGCGAAGAAGGUGUGUGAAGUAUGAAUGUGGACGCUAAGGGCUGAUGGCUGUUGGCUUUAUCAGCGUUUAGUGUAAACUGUGCGUAAUAGAUGUUCCAGUUAACGACGAUCGUCAACGAUCGAGGAGCACGAUCAUGAAGGAAGUGGUGGUAGAGAGAGAAGGAGAGAGUAGAACGAGCCGAUUUAACGAACGACUUGCUUUAAGUAUGACUGCUGCUCGAGACGAGAUGACCUCGAAACGAUGAAGAUCGAAAUUGAAAUCGUGUAAGAUGUUGAAGACGUGUUAUUGAGUUAAGGAUUUUUUUUUAUUAUUGCAUAAUGCAAGGAAUGUAUUCGAAGCAACCCCACCUACAUACAAGCAUACAUACAUACAAACAAACAUACAUACAUGCAUACAUACAAAAAACAUACAUACAUACAAGCAUACAAACAUACGUACAAGUCAAGUAAAAACCAUUUGAAAACCGAAUAGUUUCUAAACACACCGACACGUACACCCACAGAUGCAAAUACACUUGAAACAAUUUACUUACAGUAUACGCGAGGCUUUCCACGGCCUCCUUCCACGACAUUUUUCGCUUUCACUUUCCUGUUCAGCUUACAUUCUCAUAAAACACACACAGAAACACAACCUGGACGCAUACAUAUAACCGUAUAUACAUACACACACACAUUCAUACAUACAUACAUAAGUAUGUAGGUUUAUCUCAUGUAAUGACGUAUAAAGUAUCUUUCAAUUUAAACAAAAAUGAACUCGUUAGAUUUUAGAAACGCGCAUUACGCGCCCACGAAUGAUCUGCAUAUUUAAAACAAGAAAAAAUUAAUAUUAAUAAUAAUUACUAAAAAUUUUAAAAUUAUAUGUUUAUGUUUAUUUUUAAUUUUAACAAAUUUCUGUGAAUGCAGUGAACGUUUCAUAGCGUUUAAGUCAAUUGUCCUGAUGAUUGAUUAAUUUUUUGAAAUUCAAAAAAUUGCAGUUAAUGCGAGAAGUAGAAGAGCAGUAGGAGAAAAUGCAUGAAAUUUUAAGAUUUCUACGGCCAAAGAGGCAGCACACGCGCACAGUUGCCAACCCCAGCAUCAACACCACGACUACCACCACCCCCAAUGCCACGCACACAUGCCUACAUAUGCCGAUACUCUUCCACAGUGUAUAUGUGUGCAUGUGUGAGUGUGUGCAAAGGGGCAUGGCUGGUCGAGCGACUGACGUGCGCUGCUGCCUCUGCGCGACCAAAAUCUCAAACUCAUGAAAAUGUGAUAACACUUUAAGAUGCUAAGAUUUUUUUAAAUUAAGAUUACGAAGAAGUAUAAUAGGAGGAAGAAGAAGAAGAAGAGUGGCAGUUAAAAGGCGAAUUGCGAAUCGCAAUUAAGCAAGAAGACGAAAAAAGCAAAAACAAAACAAAAAACACAAAAAAAUUAAGGUUGAUGUAGUUUGUGAGCAGAAAGCUAAAUUUUUGAAAAGAAAUCGAGCAGCAAGCGAAUGCAGAAAAAAGUAAUUACUUUAAAAACCAAAACGUUUUUGGCGUACAUUUUGUGAAAAAAAUUGUAAAACCGUAAAUAAUUUAGUGUGAAGAGAGCAACAUUUGCGUUGCUGACUAAAAUUCGAAACUAAAAACAACAUUUUUGAAGCAUAAAUUUGAAGCAAGAAAUUAGUAUUAACAAAUUCAAUGAAUAUAUAAAUUUACAGAAAAUAAAAAAACACAAAAAAAAAACAUAAAAAACAACACUUUCUAGUAAUUAAAUAAAAACUUAAGAUUUCUCAAUAAAUUCAAUUCCAAAAAAUAUUAGUAUCUAAUAAUUUAAAUAGCUCACACACAUACAUACGCAUACAUACCUAAAGAGGAAAAGCGAAAAGCAGAAAACAUGAAAUAGCCCUUUCAAAAAUCCAAACUAAAAAUAUUUCGCAAUAGCAACUAGCAAUAACGGACAUAUUCAAAUUUCAGUAAACAGUAAGAAACCAAAAAGGAAAAAAUAAACAUAAAUAUGUGGCACAAAACAGCAAAAGCAGAACAUUAACAUUUUAGCCAGAAACAAAAGCAAACACAAUAGCAACAAAAACAAAGUAGCUUCAAAAUCAAAAAAAAAACAAAUUAAAAA